AUGGGAAUUUCUGUUUCUGUUGAUUCUUGGGUAGAACAAAUAUUAACUGAUCUUUGCGAAAAGUCCAUCAAGUCAGAUGACAUCACAUAUUCGAAUUUAUUAAAAAGCACAUCAAGUACUUCAGAAAUUUUCAUGGUCCCAGCAAAGAUAAUGAAAACUUUGGUUUCAAAUCCAAAAGGCAAUCUUAAUUCCAUCUUAAUUAGAUGCCUCGAAGGCUUAAAUGAUUCAGAUGCCCAGACCAGAAUCAAUUCAGCUGCGAUUUUGUCUAAACUUUUCCCAUUCAUGAUUAAAAAUAGCAAAUCUAUUGAUUUAAUGACAUUCUUAUACGAUGAAACACAAAUUUGUGGUGAUAAAGUCCCUCCAGCCGAUUAUAUUAUUACAAUUGCAAUUAAUACUCUGAUUUCAUUUGGUUACAAUGGAUGUCAGAAUAUUCUUACAGAAGUCGAACGAAAUGAAGAAAUUUUUGAUCUCCUUGCAUUCACAGUUUUCUCAGUUUUGAAAUACUACGAAAAUUUAACAGUUUAUCAUUCAUUACUUGUCUAUUGCACAAGUCGUGGAACAGAUGUCAUUGAACCAUUACUUAAUUACAUUCAUUCCGGUGGAAGAUCCAUGUCAUUAAUUUCAUUAUUUGGUUUACUUCUAUUUCAUCCAUCAGAUGAUUUCAAGAGAUAUACCUCACAAUUUGUAGAAAAUGGUGGCGUUAUAUCAGCUAAUUUAUGCACACUUUUCAACGAUGAUACAGAUUUUAUUUCUUAUCUUACUUCUUUAGGUAGUUCAGAAAAGAAUUUACCAAUACCUAUCUCAUCCAUUUCCAAUCCAGACGUUUUGAGGCUCGGAUUGCUUAAAAUCAUUGUAGAUGGUGAACCAUACGCUGUUAGACCAAAUGAUAUCUUCCAUAUCUGUAAAACAUAUGAUUGGGUACUUGCUAAAUAUCUUUACAGCCAUACGCCAAACUUAACUCAAGAACAAUUGGCUGAAAUACCAAUUAAUGAAAAUAUUACAUUUUUAGAACCAAGGACACAAGAAUGGUUCCUUAAGUGGGUUACAGAAACCAUUUCGCAACUUUUCUUAUACGGAAAGAGCUUAUGGUUUGUUGAAGCAGACGCCACAAUUGAAUUGCCUUCAUUUGAGGUUUUAGAUCAUCUUGCUGUUUACAAUUCAGCAUAA